GAUUUGGAUGCUUGGGACGGGACGAAUUGGUACGUUCCCGUUGUAUAGAAGGGAUGGUGCAUGGAGCAUUGCGCGAACACCUACUACGAACACCACCGGCCAAUACCGCCGAAUUAAAGAAGACGGCACUCCGAUUUAUCACGGCGGAUAAAAUGUCAAAUCUAUCAGAAACCCAUCGUAAUUCUGUGAUGACGGUGGAAACCGGUGAUUUGGACUGUUCCUCGAGGGCAGCCUCUGUUGCUCAUCUUUCUAGCCGACGAAUUAAUCGUGGGGGGUUAAAUUGGACGUGGAACAGACGACCAUUUUGUAACAACUAUCAUGGACGUCACACUGAAUGUGUCUAUUGCAGGAGGUUUGGAAGAAACGCUCGGAGAUGUGGACACAAUCGAUUUCGUAAUCCAGGUGAGCCAUGCCAAUACUAUUUAUCUUCUUGUCAUGUUAACCAAAUCGGCCCUACCACACUAAAAGGUAUAGUGCAAGGAGUAGUGACUGAAAUACUUUUAGAUACUGGAGCAUCCGUAUCCCUCAUCAAAGAGGAGUUCCUAAAGAGACUGAACCAUAAGGCCCAGCGAAAACGAUGCUCGUCUGCGUUAACAACAGCCGGUGGGGAACCUCUUAAAGUGUGUUAUAAGACAGCAUUAGACUUAACAUUGGGGAAGUGUUCGUUUCGUCAUGAGUUUUUAGUUUGCCCUACAUUAACCUGGAACAUGAUAUUGGGCGUAGAUUUUAUGUUAAAACACCAAGUUUCUAUAUUUAUGGAUAGGGCAGAAGCGAAAAUCGGCAAUGCCACUGUACACCUACAUCAGUAUGCAAGGACGACUAAGCCUGUAUCUCACAUCGGAAUUUCAGAGUUGGUAAGUCAAGUUGAAAGCAACCAAAUGAUACAGGAAGUUGAUCGUCGGGCAACGGUGACUGUGCUCCGACAGUUUAGUUCUGUCUUCGAGGAAAACGUUUCUGGAAAUCGUACGAAUACGGUACAACACCCUAUUUUUACAGGCGACCAUAUGCCCGUACGACAGCCGCCUCGUAGAGUACCCGUACACUACCGACCACAGCUAGAUUCGAUGAUCAAGGAUAUGUUAGACAAAAAGAUUAUAGUCCCUUCAUCAUCCCCCUGGGCGUCCCCUAUUGUUCUAGUGAAGAAGAAAGACUCCUCGCUCCGGCUCUGUAUAGACUAUCGACGCCUAAAUGCUAUAACUAAACGGGACUCUUUUCCACUUCCGCGCAUUGAUUCCACACUGGACGCCUUACACGGUGCGUGUUGGUUCUCCACCUUGGAUCUAGCAUCGGGGUAUUGGCAAGUGGAAGUCCGACCGCAAGAUAGGAAGAAAACUGCAUUUAUAGUACCAAAUGGUUUAUAUGAAUUCCAGGUUAUGCCUUUCGGGCUAACGAAUGCCCCGGCUACUUUCCAGCGACUGAUGCAAACAGUGUUACAAGAUAUAGUGCCCCAUAAAUGUUUGAUUUAUCUUGAUGAUAUUAUUGUACACGGUAGCACACCCGAACAACACAAUGCUAACCUGAAAGCUGUCCUGCAACGUCUUAGACAACACAACCUAAAAGUAAAACCAUCCAAAUGCCGACUGCUACAGAAGGAAGUAGUAUUCCUAGGACAUCGUAUCACCCCAGAUGGCGUUUGUACAGAUAAUGAAAAGACGCGUGCCAUUGUUACUUGGCCGCAACCAAAAACACCUGAAGACGUUCGCAGUUUCCUGGGUCUCGCGUCCUAUUACAGACGUUUUGUUCGCGACUUUGCAUCUUUGGCAGCACCUUUGCACAGGCUGACACAUAAGGGACGAAAAUUCUUAUGGACCAACGAAUGUCAACAGGCAUUUGAUAUUUUAAAGGCACGGCUAACCUCACCACCUACAUUAGCCUUUCCUGACACCUCAGCAGAUGGAGGUCAGUUCAUACUCGAUACAGAUGCUAGUUUUUCAGCUAUCGGAGCGGUUCUUUCACAGGUAGCCCGAGAUGGCCAAGAGAGAGUCAUAGCUUACGUCAGCCGACGACUAGACAAGUAGGAAACACGGUAUUCCACAACGCGUCGAGAAAUGCUAGCAUUAGUUAAAUUCUUACAGCACUUCCGUCAUUAUCUACCGGGUGCUCCAGUAUCUAAA